AUGGAGGAGCGCAAAGUGAAGAGGAGAAGUCCUAAGUCUUUUAGUGCCCACUCUACUCAGGUUGUUAAUACCAAAAAAAGUGCCAUUCCAGUUAGUAAAAGCACGGGGUUUUCAAAUCCUGCAUCCCAGUCAACUUCACAGCGACCAAAGUUAAAAAGAGUGACGAAAGAAAAGGCCAAACCUCAGGGUGGAGAAGGCAAAGGUGCCCAGUCAACCCCAAUCCAGCACUCCUUCCUCACCGAUGUCUCUGAUGUCCAAGAAAUGGAAAGGGGUCUCCUCAGCCUUUUAAAUGACUUCCACUCUGGAAAACUCCAAGCAUUUGGAAAUGAAUGUUCCAUUGAACAGAUGGAACAUGUUCGGGGAAUGCAGGAGAAAUUAGCUCGCUUGAACUUGGAGCUCUAUGGGGAGUUAGAGGAACUUCCCGAGGAUAAGAGAAAAGCAGCCAGUGACUCUAAUCUGGAGAGGCUUCUGUCUGAUCUAGAAGAAUUGAAUUCUUCCAUACAAAAACUCCAUUUGGCAGAUGCACAAGAUGUUCCAAAUACUUCCACCAGCUAA